AUGCUGAGGAUGCACAGGAGAGACAGAUGCGUGGAGGGAGGAAGACCGAGGAAGAAGGAGGAGUCGCUGUUCGCGCUGCUGCGCCUAGUCUCCGUUCAUGGAGUCACCGUCGUCGCCGCUAUUCGGGGUUGUGUCACUGAGCCCCUGUUGCUGGAAAAUAGCACUGCCUCGCUGGGAUCCACUUCCGGCAUAGCAAAGUCAAAUAAAUACCCAAAUUUUAAGAGCAUAAAGGAGCUAAUCUAUAAGAAGGGACACAUGAAAAUAGAGAAGCAGAAAGUUCCAUUGACAGAUAAUAACAUUAUUGAGCAGGAAUUAGGGAAGUAUUUACUGUUUAUUAAUGAAUAA